AUGUCCACCGAUCUGCCAGAGUCAUUGGAUGAGCUGUUUCCUCAAAUUGCUAGUAUGAGCGAUGGCGACAAGAUACUGAAAUUAGCACGACACAUGCCUUGCGAUCAGUGCGAUUGUCAAGGCUGGCGACCUAAUUUCUCGAUGGAAUUCUCGAACGAUUGCCUAUGUGGACAUGACGCAGAGCACCAUAUAGACCACAAGCAAGACUUUAUAAGACGACUCAAAGUCGCGUUGCGUAUAGACGAACUACUACAAGAAAAGGGAAAAUUAGACGAUUAUGACUAUACAGAUGACGAUAUACAGUCAUUGAAAAAACAAGUUACAUACAAUGCUACACUACACAAUGAUGAUCUCCUAUCGGAAGCAUCAUCGCCUUUUUCAAUAGAUGGAGAGGAAACGUCAAAGAGACAGAGAGAGAGCAGCGAUGAGGAAGACGAAGACGUACCGAAAAGAUUCAAAGCCUUCCAAAACGACAGCGACGAAGAGAGAGAAACACCUGCUGCUCACCAUGAUGAAGACGAGGAAGAAGAACCAUCAGAAGAGGAGGAGGAGGAGGAAGAGGAAGAAGAAGAAGAAGAAACAGAGGAGGAGGAGCCUUCAGAGGACGAAGAUGAUGAAGAGGAAGAAGAACACUCGGAGGAGGAUGAGGACGAGAUCGAGGAAGAUGAGGACGACAGGGAUGAUGUACCAUUGCAAGAUGCAGAGGUAAACGUCAAAUCAUCAACAGUUGAAGAAACCCAUGUUGUGCCUGAAACAGACACAAAAGAGACCAGUGCAGAUGCCAAUGGAGACGAUGUCAGUAAAAUGGACCUGGAUCAACCCUCAGAUCAACCCACCAAUAUUUUAGAGACAGCCUCAAGUGACAAACCCACUAAUCCCUCUAAACCUCCUGACUCUGACCUCAAAAAUGGUACGGAUCUAUCCACUGCUAGAACUCAAUUGGAGGAGGAAGACGACGAUGAGAACGAUGACGAAGAAGUGGAUGAGGAGGAAUAUGAAACAUCCCUUGUGACAAAGGCAGAAAGAGCACUACUAAGCCAAGAGAUUCCUAAGGUCAAGAGUGUCACUGAAGAAGGAGAGCGAUUAUUGAACGAGGAGGCACUAAAAGUAAACGGCGUGCUGGAUGCCAAAGACGGGAUUCUGGACAGCGAAGGCAAAUUGAAGGUGCUAAACGAUCUCAAGAACGUGGUGAAAAAAGAGAGCCCAGCUCAGAUCGAAGAAAGAACAGGGAUCAUUGAAGUACGCGUGGUGGAGAACGACGGCGCUCGAGAUAGUAUGAUCUUAUUGACAGGCCUCAAGAAUAUAUUUCAAAAGCAACUUCCCAAAAUGCCUAAAGAAUAUAUUGCUCGACUUGUGUACGAUCGCAACCACAAAAGCAUGGCUUUAAUUAGACGGCCUAUGAAGGUCAUUGGUGGCAUCUGCUAUCGUCCAUUCGAUCCACAGGAGUUUGCAGAGAUUGUGUUUUGUGCUAUUGCAUCUACAGAGCAAGUCAAAGGUUAUGGUUCAUUUCUGAUGAAUCAUCUCAAGGAUUACGUUUCGGAGAACACCAACAUGAAGCACUACCUCACUUAUGCGGAUAACUACGCCACGGGAUACUUCAAGAAGCAGGGCUUUACAACAGAAAUUACAUUGGAUAAAAGAAAGUGGGUGGGCUAUAUCAAGGAUUAUGAAGGUGGUACCAUUAUGCAGUGUACAACUGUUCCCAAAGUCAAGUAUCUUCAUGUGCAUGAUACACUAGCGAUUCAAAAGAAGGCAGUUUAUGAAAAGAUGAAAGAAUAUUCGACAUCUCAUAUAGUAUACCCUGGCAUUCAAAUGCCCCUGAAUGAAGAAGGGAAGCGAUGCAUUGAUCCAUAUAAAGUGGCGGGUGUCAAAGAAUCUGGCUGGACACCAGAAAUGGAUGCCUUGUCGAAUCGCCCUCGUCACCCUCCCCAUUACAAUCAAAUGCGACAUCUAGUGACAGAGCUAAGAGCAAAUGCCUACUCUUGGCCAUUCCAUGAAGCUGUGAAUGCGGAUGAAGUGACAGAUUACUAUGAUGUUAUCACAGAACCCAUGGAUUUGACGCUGCUAGACGAAAAUGUAGAAUCUGAUAAAUAUCGCACAAUGGAUGAAUUCAAGCAAGAUGUUCAAAAGAUCUUUGAUAACUGCAGAGCCUACAACGCCGAGUCUACCAACUAUACACGAUGUGCGAAUCGACUUGAACGCUACUUUAAAGAACGACUUCGAGUGUGGACAAACAACGGCGAUGAGGAGUCAGAUCACGUAGUAGAAGAAGAAGACGAGGAUGAGGAUGAGGAAGAAGACCAUGAUAUGAAGGAAGAAGACGAAAAUUAA